CGUAUGAAAAUAUAAAGUUUAGGAAAAAAUGUGAAAAUACGAAACUAAAGUGACAGGUAGUUUGUUAGCUCUGAGUGCUAAUUGGCUAAAAGGUUUAGGAGAAGUUCGACGACGUUUACGUCUAUUAUCCGGAUUUAUUUACCUGUUUUUGGAGUUUGAACACACGGCAGAAGUGUGUAAAAAUGCCGGUGUUCCAUACCAAAACGAUAGAAAGCAUUUUGGAGCCAGUAGCUCAACAGGUUUCCAAGCUUGUUAUCCUCCAUGAAGAAGCAGAAGAUGGAAAUGCAAUGCCAGACCUUGCCCGGCCAAUACAGGUUGUCAAAUUGGCUGUGGAUAAUCUUGUCAAGGUCGGGUAUGAGACAAUCAACAGCAGUGAUGAUCAAAUCCUCAAACAAGACAUGCCACCUGCCCUACGUAGAGUGGAGGAAUCCUCCAUCUCUCUUCUGCAAGCGUCUGAAAUGCUCAGAUCAGAUCCAUAUUCUGCUCCCGCUCGAAAGAAGCUCAUUGACGGGUCAAGAGGAAUUUUACAAGGUACCUCAGCAUUACUAUUGGCCUUUGACGAGUCAGAGGUGCGAAAGAUUAUACGGGUUUGUAAAAAUGUCCUCGAAUAUUUGGCCAUCACUGAAGUGGUUGACAGAAUGGAAGACCUUGUCACUUACGUAAAGAAUCUCAGUCCAGUAUUGACUAGAAUGACGAAGGAAGUAGAUGCACGUGAGAAGGAACUGACACAUCAGGUUCAUCGUGAGAUGUUGAUACGUUCUCUCGAACAAGUGAAGAAUCUCACACCAGUCUUGAUAUCAGGAAUUAAAAUUUUCAUCACUGCUAAACAGUCAAAUCAGGGAAUCCCCGAUGCCCAGACAAAUCGUGACUAUGUGGUACGGAAGAUGUCGGAUGAGAUACACGAGAUUAUACGUGUAUUACAGCUAACGACAUAUGAUGAGGAGGAAUGGGACGCUGAUGACAUCACUGUGAUGAAGAAAGCUCAGAGUGCAAUAGAACAGAAGAUGAAGCAUGCUCACGAUUGGUUAGCUGAUCCUACAGCUAUAGUCGGUAGUUCAGGUGACAAGUCUUUACGUCAGAUUCUGGAAGAUGCCAGACGUAUAGCAGACUGUUGUACUAACCCUGAUGAUAGAGAGAGAAUUAUCAAGGCUGUCAGUAAUCUUGAGUCCAUGAGUCAAGCUCUAAAUGAGCUCAGGCAGCAAGGAAAGGGCAACAGCCCACAGGCAAUGUCAUUGGCAAGAGAGAUGCAACAGAAGUUGAAGGAGUUACAGGGACUGACGGGGGCUGGAAUAAUGAACACAGAGAGGAGCGAUAUCAGGAAGCCGGCCCCUACAGUGGAGGGCAAGGUCGACCAGGCUCUGAGGUGGCUUACCAACCCGGGCAUGGAUGAUCGAGGACUUGGGGAGCAGGCGACUAGAAUGGUGGUGGCUGAAGGACGUAGAAUUGCAGCAGGCUGUUCUGGUCCACAGCGGUCAGACCUUCUUCGACUGUGUGAUGAAACGGAAAUCCUCACUAAUCAGUUAUCAGAUCUUAUUGCUAAAGGACAGGGAAAUUCACCUCAAGCCAAGGCUAUAGCAAGGCAUCUGUCAGAAAAACUUCAUGCCCUGAAGUCUAAAAUCCAGGAGGCUCUAGUGAAUCAAGUAGCGGAGGACUUUAUAGAUAUAACCACACCUUUAAAGCAACUGACUGAGGCAUCGAUGGUUCCAUUGGGUACGGCUGGUAGGGAAGCCAACUUUGAUGACAAGACACGUAACUUUGAAGCACACACUGCUAAACUUGCCGAUACAGCGAAUAUGGUAGCUACAGCUGGCGGUUGUAGAAACAAGAAAACUGUAGAGGAAAUAUUUAAAGCUUCAAAACAGGCGAAUGAUUUAACCCCACAAGUCACCACUGCAGCUAGAAUUGUGUUCAGCAACCCGGACAAUCAGGCUGCUGUGGAGCACUUUGAACUGCUGAAGAAACAAUGGAGUGACAACAUGGAGAGAAUGAGAAACCUGGUAGAUGAAGCCGUUGAUUCCACAGCAUUGAUCAAAGCUGAAGAGGAGGGUAUUCUUCGAGACACAGAUCGUGUUGAGGAUGGUAUAAGGACAGUAGAUUCCCCGAAGAUUGUUACAAAUGCGUCAAAUAUUGCUCGACGUGCCAAUCGUGUUCUGCAAGUUGCGCAGUCUGAAGCAGAAAAUAGCGAAGAUCCAGCAUUCGUAGAUAAUGUCAACCAAGCAUCUGAACAACUCAGAUCUACUAUUACACCUAUGGUUCAGUGUGCGAAGGAGGUAUCUAUGUCUCCCCAGGACCAGACUGCAGCAAAUAAUUGGAGGAAAACCAACCAGAGGCUUAUCAACGCAGUGGGUGAUGUUCGUAAGGCAGUUGAUACAUCACCCGAGAAUCAUUAUGCAGAGGAAAUGUUCCCGCCACCCCCAGACCUCUCGCAGUUACACAUAUCAGAGCCAACAUUCACAGCGCCGCCUCCUCGGCGACCCCCUCCGCCACCGCUGGCUCCCUCGCAGGAAUUUAGCGACAUUUUCCGACUUGGUAGUCCAAAAGCCUCGGCAGACAGGCCGGACGGGUCUAGCCCGAUAGUUUACAAUAGUCCACAUAGUACACUUAGGUUUUAUCCGUCAUCAGCUGUCCCAGCUUCCAAGCUGCCGGGUGAGGUGUCUACAACUCUUUCUUUCAAUCCUGUUACUCGAAUCAGAAAGCAAGUGCCGAAAAAGAGUUUAGUUUUAGUUUCGCCAGCGGCACAGCCUGUUUUGCAAAAGACCAGCAUAACAGUACCAGUGAAUCAACACAAAAUAGAUUUACCUUUUAGAGCAGCCAUGAAGAAAAGCCAACAAAGUGCCCCUCAAAGGUCGGCUCCACCUCCUCCUCCAGUGGCGCCACCUAUCCCCCCGCCUCCAGCAUACAGUCCAUACUAUGAAGAUGGACCACCACGUCCCCCAUUGCCCUCAGAUACAAUGCCGCCACGCCCACCACCACCAGAGACUGACGACGAAGAUGACAUGCAUUUCCCUAUUCCUCAGGAAAACCAACCCAUCAUGAUGGCUGCACAUGCCCUUCAUAUGGAAGCCAAACAGUGGUCCAGUAAAGACAAUGAGAUUAUUGCUGCAGCAAAAAGAAUGGCCUUCCUUAUGGUGAAACUCAGUCAGCUAGUCAGAGGUGAAGGAGGAACAAAGAAAGAUCUGAUCUCGACAGCCAAGAACAUCGCUGAGGCUUCUGAAGAGGUUACACGUCUCGCCAAGAAACUUGCAGCCGAGUGUACUGAUAAAAAGAUGAGAACUAAUUUGUUACAAGUUUGUGAAAGAAUCCCAACCAUUGGUACCCAGUUGAAGAUACUCUCCACUGUGAAGGCAACAAUGUUAGGAGCACAAGAACCAAUCCCAGCCCCAGAUGGCAGUGAAAUAGCCUGUGGUUCAGAGGAAGAUCAGGAAGCUACAGAAAUGUUGGUUGGUAACGCCCAAAACCUCAUGCAAGCCGUCAAGGAAACUGUGCGAGCCGCAGAAGCCGCGUCCAUCAAGAUACGUGUCGACUCCGGAUACACUAUCCGCUGGUUGAGAAAACGACCAUGGUAUACGUGAAGAAGCAAUGUAUCUUAGAGGUGUUUUAAUUGGAAUUGAUCAUUGAUAUAGUCAGCUAUGUAUUGGUAAUUGGAAGUAUGAUUUGAGAAAUAACAUAUUACAGGUUAUAGCCAUUUAAUUUAAACUAUUUAGCAUGCUUGUAAAGCUGUUUAAUCUGUUUGUCUCAUGUAAGGUGGUUUUGCAAAUACUACCUGAAUCUUAAGUUAUUAUUUUGGAAAAUAUUGCCAUGACAACACAGGUCCCAGUGAUAUUUUUUCAAGAAUCUAUGCAACAAAUAGAUGUUUCAUUUGUUUUUGUAAUUUUUUUACUUUACGAUAUAUAACAAAAUUGUUAGUUAUAAAUGUGAGGAAAUGGUAUUUUGAUUUUUUAGAUAAUAUAUGAAACCUAUUCAGUUUGGUAAUUCACUUGUUUAAAGACAUCUGUUCAGCCUAUUCAUAUACACUUGUAAUUAUAAAUGCUUUUCUCAUGAUACUAGUGGAUAUACCAAUUUAUCUAUGGCAAAUGCAGUGCACAUUUUUGAGGCCCUGCGUGACAGUUUUUACAAUGUAUUUUAUCAUAAUUUCAUGUGACUGCAUUCUUUUGCAAGAAAACAACGAUGGUCACAACAGGGCAUUGUAUAUUAAAUUUUUCUUUAUUAAAACCGUAUAUACAUAUCACUUCAGUUUUAUAUUUAUUUAAAACUGAUCUUGAAACAAUUAAGACCUACAUAAAAACAUUUAUCUCCAGGAGGGCCUAAAUAUGACCUGCGACAUUUAAAGUUGAAAACUUUGUCUAAAUGCACAUUCAGGUAAACUGCCAUGGUUUUUCAGUGGCAUAACAAGGUUGAUAUUGAAGUGCGGUGGAUAGAUGUCUUUAAGUAAAACAUAAGAAGAUUUAGUGCUGAUUUUUACGUGCAAAAUGGUAGAAUCUGUUAUUGAAGUGCUGAAAAACUGUCUCAAAGCAGUGUAUAGAACAGAGUGUUUUUGGCAUUAAAGACCUACAUAUUCAAAAUAACAAUUUUGAGGCUUAGAGCAAAAGGGGAGCGGUCUGCCAUCUUCGUCUUUAUGUUGAUAGGAAAUGAUAGCCCCAUUUUGCUCUAUGCCCUCAUGGGAACUUUAGAUAAAUACCUCAGAUUAUUUAGAUAUACGAAUUUGGGUCUGUAUUAUAUUAACAAGUGAUUGUUCAUCAUGCUUUUUUGUUAAAAUGGGCUAUUAGGAAAUCAAUGGAUCGGUUUUUUAUCAAGACGUACAUUGUAUAGUUAAGAUGUGUUAUGGUUUGUAUUGACAGGUGGAACUGCUGAAUUAAAAAUUUGCAUUGGUUGAGGUUAUGAUAUUUAUUGUACAUUGUUUUACAGGUUUAUACUAAGCUUUCUUUGUUUAGAAUAUUUGGUGGGAUAUAGAUUCUAAUUUCUAGACAUUAUUUUUGUGUGUUAACUUAGAAAUUUAAGAGAUGUAAAAUGUUGUGUUUUUUUUUCUGGCCUUUUUAUUUUUGUUAAAGACUUUACCAAUACAAUGAUGAAACGAUAUAAUUAUGUAUCAUUUGCAAGAGCACUGACUUUACAAAAUGUCUGUCCAGGUUAGUACUGGUACAGAAUCUAGGAGCACUUGUUACACAGGAGCUGCCCUGUCGUUACAUAAAAAGAUAUUGUUGAAAAAGGUCUUCAGGUAGUUCUGCACAUUUAGAUUGAAAUUUUUUCUACAAUGUAGAAUUUGAUUAAACUCUUGAUUUUUCAAAACUUCAGAAUAUACCUAGAAAAUAUCAGCAAAUAAAGAUAGGGUCGUGUGCUUUAUUUUUUGCUAGACUGAUUUGAAAAAUUUGGACCUCGCACAAUAUUUCAUAAUGGGAGUCUAUGGGAAAAUCAAAACUUUCAUUACAUUUUCGCGAAUAGAAAUUUUUCUACAGUGUAGAUUUUGAUGAAACUUCUCACAGUUGUAAAUAAACAAGACCUAUAAUUUGGUGAAAUAAAAUGUAUAGGUCCGUUUGCUUAUUUUUGAGAUAUUUGACCAUGAUUAAAGUGAACCUGGCAUUUCACGUUGAAUUUAAGACAUUAUUUUGAAUUUUUUAAUGUAUGUUUUAAUAUCAUAUUUGACUUAUAAUAUAUAUAUAUUAAAUAUAGCAACAGUGCCAUUGUAAUAAAUUUACUCACAGGUUUAGAUUAAAUCAUAGAAUUAUUUUCAUAUCCGAAUCCAGGCUUUAUUCUACAUUUUCCGGGUAAAUGACGUUACGCCAUCACUUCCGGUUUAUCAAAUGUGCAGAA